CCAGGAAAUUUCACCUUGCUAUGAGAACCGAAGAUGGAUCCAGAAGAGCAGGAGUUACUUGGCGAUUACAGAUACAGAAAUUAUUCUUCAGCAAUUGAGAAAGCUUUAAGAAACUUUGAAUCGUCAAGUGAAUGGGCAGAUCUUAUAUCUUCCCUUGGCAAACUCAAUAAGGCUCUUCAGAGUAACCUGAAGUAUUCUCUAUUGCCAAGACGGCUGAUCAUCAGUAAAAGAUUAUCUCAGUGUUUGCAUCCAGCACUACCUAGUGGAGUGCAUUUAAAGGCACUAGAAACCUAUGAAAUAAUCUUUAAAAUUAUUGGGACAAAAUGGCUUGCCAAGGAUUUAUUCUUAUACAGCUCUGGUUUGUUUCCUCUGCUGGCAAAUGCUGCAAUGUCAGUGAGGCCUGUUCUCCUUGGUUUGUAUGAGAAAUACUUUCUUCCUCUCCAAAAGUCCCUCCUGCCUGGUCUUCAAGCCUUUGUAAUUGGACUGCUACCUGGGUUGGAAGAAGGAUCAGAAAUUUAUGACAGAACAGAUGCUCUGCUUGUGAAGCUCUCCUUAUUGAUGGGCCAAGAAAUGUUCUAUGGAGCGCUCUGGGGCAGUGUCCUGGUCAGCCCAUCCAUCAGGCUGCCUGCUUCUCUUUUUGUUGUCAGCCAUAUCAACAGAGAACUCUCUGGAAAAGAGCAGAAGUACAUGCUUGGCAUCGAUUAUAAGCUCACAAUAAAGUCUUUGUGUGUAUCAGUAUUGGAUUCAAAUGUCCUUGUGCAAAGAAACACUCUAGAAGUGAUUCUCUUCUUUUUCCCAUUUUAUACAGCUUUGGACUGCAAGGAAAGCACUAUUCUAUUGCGCAGGGCUGAUUUAGUCUAUGUUCUGUCAGCAGCUACACAGACAUUGUUGAGGAGGGACAUGUCACUCAAUAGAAGAUUAUACGCAUGGUUGCUAGGCUCUGAUAUUAAAGGUGGUACUUUUGCUCCAGACUCCACAACUUCUGAAGAUCAUGCUAUUUAUUUCUUUGGAAAAUAUUCUAAAGAUCUUUUGGUUGAGAGUUUGACUGAAAUUUUACAUCAGAAAUUCCCAGAGUCUGAUACAGAGGAACAGCAUCAAGCUUAUUUGAAACCCUUCCGCAUCCUGAUCAGUCUCCUUGACAAACCUGAAAUAGGUCCACAGGUUGUUGGGGAUCUGUUCCUUGAAGUUAUUAGAGCCUUUUAUUCCCACUGCAAAGAUGCACUUGGUUCUGAUCUCAAACUUAGCUACAAUCAAAGUGGCAACACACUUGCAAGUGCAAUCAAAGAGAACAAAAAUGCUUCGGAAAUUGUUAAAACAGUCAAUUUGUUGAUCACAUCCUUAAGCACGGAUUUUCUUUGGGAUUACAUGACCAAAUGUUUUGAAGAUUGUUUCAGAAACAAAUCCACACAGAUGAGAUAUUCUCUUGAAAAUAUUAGCACUCCUCCUACAAUUUCAGAACUCUGCACACUAUUGGUGUUUCUUCUUGACGUGAUUCCUUUGGAACUCUACUCUGAAGUGCAGACUCAGUAUCUCCCACAGAUGCUCAGUUAUAUGGUGCAGUCUCUCCUGGAAAAUAUGGAGGUAUUAGGUUUACCAGAACUCACUCAUGCAUUAAAGACCUGUUUUAAGGUGCUUAGCAAAGUGCAAAUGCCCCCUUCCUAUUUGGACAUUGAGACAGGAAGUGGAAAUGGGAGCCCAGUGAAAAAAGAAAAUGUGGACAUAACCUUGGAGACGAAGUCUGUGCUGCAGGAGGAGGAUGAGACUCCGUUUCCUCCCCUGAAGUCAGAAGACAGUGGCAUUGUUCUAAGUGCUUCCUCCCCAGAGCUCUCUCAGCACUUGGGGGUGCCAACUGUGACCCUUGAGAGAGAUCAUGUCUGGAAGAAAGGGGGGAGGAUUCAGAAGACUUUGUAUUGCAUUCAAGAGCUGGUGGCCAGGUUUUCCAGUAAAUACAUUUUUGGGGUGCAAUUUCAAGAAACAAGUAACGAAAGCAUCUCAGCAAUGAAUCUGAGUGGAAAAGAGAAAAAAGAGAAUGGCUACAGGUUACCUGAAAGUGCUAGCAAGAAAAAGAGCCCAUGGGAUGCAAAGCAAAUCACUGUACCUCAGUUUAAACAAAUGCUUUCAGAUUUGUUCUCAGUUCGAGGGUCACCAUUCAAGAACAAGAGCUCUAAUCCUCUUCCUUCUGACCACAACUCUAUUAAUAAAAAGGAAAAGGAAGAAGAAGAGUGGGACUUAGAACAAGUGAUGCUUGUCUUGGGACCCCUCAGAGGUGACUGCAAGGAAGCUUUCGCUGCAGCUUGUCACCUUUUGUUGGAUUGCACCACAUUCCCAGUCUAUCUUUCAGAGGACGAGAUGGAACAGUUGUAUCUCUCUCUGUUUCAGGUCCCUGGAGGUUGUGAUGCCAGCUUCCCUCUGUGGCUGAAGUCCUUAAUGACAAUAUGCUGUUGUGUGAAUGACUGCUAUGUUCAGAAUGUGUCCAUCUUCACGCUGCUGGAGGUGAUCAACCAUUCCCAGUCACUGGCGCUUGUGAUAGAAGACAGAAUGAAGCGGUACAAAGUAUCUGGCCACAACCCCUUCUUUGGAAAGCUACAGAUGGUUACCCUGCCUCCCAUUGCUCCUGGAGUUCUAAAGAUCAUCUCAGAGAAAACAGAUUUCUACCAGAGAGUAGCCUGUGUGCUCUGGAAUCAGCUGAACAAAGAGACACGGGAACAUCAUAUUGCCUGUGUGGAACUGUUCUACAGACUGCACUGCUUGGCACCAUCAGCAAAUAUCUGUGAAGACAUUAUCUGCCAUGCACUUUUGGAUCGUGAUAAAGGGACAAGGCUGGAAGCGCUGUUCAGAUUCUCUGUCAUGUGGCAUCUGACCAGAGAGAUCCAAGGCAGCAGAGUGACUUCUCACAAUCGGUCCUUUGAUAGGUCUCUGUUUGUGGUACUGGACAGUCUCAAUUGUUCAGAUGGUGCAAUUGGUGCUGCAGCACAGGGCUGGCUGAUCCGUGCUCUUUCACUUAAUGAUGUUGCACGGAUUCUUGAACCAGUCUUGCUGCUGUUGCUUCAUCCAAAGACACAGCGCACGUCCAUCCACUACAUCAAACAGAAAAAUUCAGCAGAAGAUAUACAUGAUUGGCUUUGCAAGAAAAAGACCUCUUUGAAAGAGUCUGGCAUCUCUGAGAGCAAUUCUGAGGAAAACCUUCCAUUGAGCCAGUUUACUACUGUGGAUAGAGAAGCAAUUUGGGCAGAAGUCGAAAAAGAUCCAGAGAAGUCAGAGUUAAAAACAGAACAGUCUGAAAAUGAUGACUCUUAUAAUCCAGUAACAUCACAUGAAGCAGAUGGUGACCAAGAUAAUAGUGAGCACACAGAAUCAGCAGACACCAGCACAGGCCAUGACAGUGAAAAUACAUCCUCUUUUUCUCCUUCUUUAGAGCUGCAAGAACUGAGCAAUGAGGACAAUGACAGUGCUGCAACUGAUGGCAAAGAAACCACAAACCAUGUGAGUUGUCUCAAUGCGUUCCUUCCUGAAAGCUCCAAAUCCAGUGUAGCACUCAACCUUGUGCGUGCUGAUUCUGAGAGGACUCAAGCAUCAGAGUCUCUGUCAAGUGAUGAAGAGGUGGACUUGGAGCUCCAGGAAAUUACCCAUUCUAGGUUGCUCAAGCAGCAGAAGGAAAAACAAGAGAUGAUUGAGUCUCUGUUCAAACACAUGCUGCUAUAUUUGCAGCCUUAUGAUUCUAAGAGGGUAUUGUAUGCUUUUUCUGUUCUGGAGGCAGUGCUUAAAACAAACCCUAAAGAAUUUAUUGAAGCUGUAGCUAGUACCAGCAUGGAUACCAGCUCCACAGCACAUUUGAAUCUCAUUUACAAUCUCUUAGCUCGCCAUCAAGAAGCUCUUGUAGGGCAGAGUUUUUAUGGCAAGCUUCAGACACAGUCCCCAACCAUGUGUCCCCAUUCUCUUCUAAUAGAAUUGCUCACUUACCUCUGUCUCAGUUUUCUGCGUUCAUAUUAUCCAUGCUACUUGAAGGUCACACACAGAGAUGUGCUUGGCAACAGAGACGUUCAGGUAAAAAGUGUGGAAGUCCUGAUUAGAAUGAUGACCCAGCUAGCUACCAUGGCAAAGGCAGCAGAGAAUAAGAACAUAGAGUUCAUACGCAAUUUGCUAGGACGAUGCAAAAUUCAGGAGUUUGUUCUUCUUUCUUUGUCUGCAUCUAUGUAUACAAGUCAGAAACGGUAUGAACUGCUUAUGGGAGAUGGAGUUAAUAAUGUUCCUGAAGAAGAGCUCUUUGAAGAAAGCCUAAUCAAUUUUGGGCAUGAUCAAAUAUGGAGUGAACACCCACUCCAGAUUGAGUUGCUGAAGCUCUUGCAGGUAUUGAUUGUCUUGGAGCACCAUCUUGGACAGACUCAUGAGGAGCAGGAGAAUCAGCCAGACCUCUCUAAGGAAUGGCAGCAGGCUCUUAAUUUCCAGCAGGCUAUUGGUGCAAUGCAAUAUGUCUAUCCACACCCAAUAACUUCACAGGGAUUAUUCGUCUCUGCUGUGGUUAGAGGUCUGCAACCAGAGUAUGGCUAUGGGAUGCAUCCCACUUGGGUAGGCUUAGUCACAUGUUCCCUGCCCUAUUUUGGGAAGUCUUUAGGCUGGACUGUGGCACCGUUUGUUGUACAGAUAUGUAAAAACCUUGAUGAGCUUGUCAAGCAGUAUGAAAAUGAAGCUGUGAAGACACCUGCAAAAACAUAUGCAAGCUUAACUUCUAAAAGAGAAAAUGUUACACCUGAUUACCCACUAACCCUUUUGGAAGGUCUGACAACCAUUGGUCACUACUGCCUUCUGGAUCACCCCAACCAAACCAGAAAGUCAUCUUUAGCUGAACCUGCAAACCUGAGAAAUGCUAGGAAUGCCAUUUUGGAAGAAUUGCCUCGCAUUAUUAAUACCAUGUCCCUUCUUUGGAGCAUUAUAAAGAGGGAAGACUCUCAAAAAAGACCAACAGACUUUUUUGGAACAACUAAAGGCUCUUCUUCAGUCUACUUUAAAGCAACCAAAACAUUAAGAACUAAAAUACUGGACUUCAUGAAUCCAUUGACAGCACAACUUGGAAUCCAGUUGAUGGCAGCAAUUGCAGCAGUAUGGAAUAGCAAGAAACCUCAUAGGAAUCAAAGUAAAAUCAAGAUUCUUCCAGUGGCUAGUGCAUCCCAGCUUAUUCUUGUGGAUUUAAUAUGUGCACUUAACACAUUGAAAAUUGACACUAUAUUACACCUAGUCAAAGAGGUAGUCAAGAAACCAUCACAAAUCAAGGGCGAAGAGAAAUCUUCUCUUGUAGAUAUUCCAGUGCUGCAGUUCAGUUAUGCUUUCAUUCAAAGACUGCCUGUCUCAGCCUUGCAGGAGAACUUCCAGUCCUUAUUAGGACUUCUCAAAGAGUCUGUGCAGUUGAACUUGGCUCCUCCUGGACACUUUCUCCUUCUCAGUACUCUGAAUGACUUUGUGACUAGGACACCUACUAUAGAAAACAAAAAAGACCAAAAAGACUUGCAGGAGGUGACUCAAAAAAUCUUGGAGGCUGUAGGGACUAUUGCAGGUUCUUCUCUGGAACAGACUAGCUGGCUGAGCCGGAACUUAGAAGUGAAAGCUCAGCCUCAGAUUUUACCAGAUGACUUCAGCAUUGAAGAUGUGAAUGAUACCUCAGUGGCACCAUCUUCAAUGGUUUCUGCCUCUGCUCCUUCAAUAUACAGUGUCCAAGCUCUUUCUCUCCUUGCAGAAGUUCUUGCUUCUCUUUUGGACAUGGUUUACCGGAGCGACGAGAAGGAGAAAGCUGUGCCAUUGAUUUCACGUUUGCUUUAUUAUGUGUUUCCUUAUCUACGCAAUCACAGGAGUGCUUAAUAGCCAUGGGGAAUUGUAAGAGUUGGACACCUGAGAUAUAAAAUCUCACAUAAAUAAUUUUCUAAUUUAGUUGCUAACUGUAUAGGACAGAGAAGCAUGUUCUCCCCUUCCUGUACCAUAUAGUUGAUCUUUUGCCUUAGGAAAAAAAGUCUCAUUUUAUUCUCAUUAACAAGUGAAAAUUUUCUCAAGGAAGGCCAACUUCCUUUACAAACCUUAGCCCUGUAAAGCUCCUGUGCUCAGACGCUGCUGUCUUGAAUCAUACAACAGAAGAGCUUCUCUCUCCACUCACUGUGGAAGACCUAAGGAGUGAGGCACAGUUAGUUAAAAUAAAGCUCUGGGAAUAUGUUUCACCACUCUCUUCCUGCUGUUCACACACACAGGCCUCCCAACUGGAAGAGCACAGGUAAUGAGCAUAACUAAUUGAUAUUUAGGCCGGUAGGAUUUUGUAACAAUUAUUUCACCGAAUUGCUAGCUGAAGAGUCGCUGAGCCUGUCAGCUGUUCUAAAUUCUCUGUGCCUUAGUUUUCUGGUGAACUUACAGCUUGAAUGAUGAGCCGUUCUCCGUAGUAGGGUAAUACAAAACUUCCCUUUUGGGAGGAUUAUCUUACAUAUUCAAUAAGUUUAUGCUAAUAAUACUAAAUCCCUUCUUGUCGUAGACAUCUAAGAGUAGUCUGUCAACCCUGCCAUACCACAUGUUUGCAGCAUUAGAGACAUUGCCAUGUUCUGCAUUAAAUUGUGGUUUUGUGCUUUUAGAGUGUUUUUCCUGAGCAUUCUUUUUCCUGCAAUAGAUGAUCAGAAUUCAGGAUAAUACUUGGUGACUAUGUUAACAUUAGCAAUUUGAUUAGAGCAGUAGUGUAGUUUUGAAGUGAAUCUCUUGAUUUGUCUCCAUUUAUUAAAAGCUGGUUCGGUACGCCAGGUGGUUUUAGUGCAUGAACUAAAUUCCUUUUGGAGGAAGCUAAUAGAAGCUCCUAUACAAAAGUGACCCAUCAAGGCUCGCUAAUUCCUGACUGCACUGCUGUGAGGAGAUCUUGCUCAUACAUACCAGACGUGCCAGCAGAAGCCUAUCAGACUUGGGACAUCCUAAAGCUGUUCUUGUGAGCCAAGUUAUCCUGCCCUACUGCUUCUGUCUACUGCGGGCUCUUAGCUGUUCACUGCAACUGAUACCAGUCUUUCUGCUGCUUCUUCCUUACCCUUCUGGGUUUCUUCUGACACAUCAUCCCUUGCUACUUUAACUGCCCUGUUGCCUUUCUCCACUGCUGAAUGCUAUUGCUUUUACUGUCCUUUACUGUCAUUGCUUUUCAAUUUCUGCCAAUUCUGCCAACCUUUUCUGCCUGUUGGGGAAGAAGGGUGACAAGGAAACAGUGCCACUGCUGAGUCUUUUCUGUGACGUGACCAAAAGUUUGUUGGUAGUCUGGACGAAGACCAGAACAGCAAUCGGAGAUAAGGAACCUCUCAGUAGACAUGUAUCCAUUGCAGAAAGCUGGAAGAAAUCUUUAAGUACCUGCUCACCACCAAGCCUGCAGUCCAUUUCAACUCAAGUCUGAGGAUCACCAUGCAGUAGUAUGUAGAGGGGUGCAUACUGUCCCUGAACCCUACAGGACAAUCUGGACAGGGGCACAUCCAUGGACCGUUUUCAUCCACAAACUCCUUUCCACACCACAGCUGGCUUCAGGAGAGCUGUUGGUUAAAACCCAGGUAUGUGUACAGAUGUUCAUUUUAAUGGUGACUUUGUGAGUGAAUUAAUUAAUGCUUUCAUUUUUGGUGGAAAUUAAGGUAUUUUGUUCAGAGCAGUAGCAUAGCUCUAUGGAUCAUUGCUUUGACCACAAAGGUUGCUUUGUCUUUAGAAGAAGUUGCCCUGGGACCAUGAGAUGUGAUACAAAUCUUGCAUGUAUCAGUCACCUGUGUCAGAAACCAUGGGUUCUGCCCAUGGGCCUGCCUCGGGCCAGGCCAGGGGUCAGCUGUGUGCACAGCAACUGGGGAUAAUGCAGCCCCCUCCAGGCUUCUGCGAUAAGAGCAUGCUGCCAGGGUCUUAUCCCCACCAGGCAGGGCAGGCUGAUGGUCUGGUGUUGGCAGCGUUUAUUCAGAGCAUAAAGCAGUCUCUUAACUGAGGAUCCAUGGAGUUUUGUGGUGACACUCAAUUUGCCUUGCAUACAAAUAAGCCAGAAAUAUCACUGUCUGUCCCACUGUUGCCCAGGCACUGGCAGUGGGCAUCAAUAAUGCAGUCUCACCUGCGAGGCUUUGACUCCACAGGACACAAAGUGUGGUACUGUGCCCUUGUCCCUGGUUGUGGCAGACAGCCUCCUGUAGGCACUCAGCUGAGGCCGUGCAUCUCCUAUGGUUUUAGGAGUAAAAGGGACACUGUCACAUCUGCUGACAUGUCAUUGCCGCUCACAGAGCUCUGAAUCCCUGGCAUGUCCUAACCUUAUCCAGCAAACUUCUGUGUUGGGGCAUUCUGAGUAUUGACUGCAGGUGGAGGGACAGCCCACACUGUUGCGUGUGUCUCCUCAAGCACACAGCCCUAGGUUAUUCCUUGGUCUGGGCAGGCAGGAGCAUGGCAUGGAGCACAUUGAGAACACACACUGACAGGAGGUCCUCUCUGUGCUCAAAAGCUUUAACCUUGGCUCCUUGAAGAAAACCAGAAGCUAGGAGGAGAAAGGCCACAGGCAAGAAACUAUCGUGUAUCCUAAAAGGCACUGAUGGGUUUGUUGUUCUCUCCUCCACAGAGUCCUGCGAGGAGGAAGUUGCAGCAGAUGUCACUCCACCUUGUUCCCAUGCUGCUGUGGGCAGGAGGCAGUAUGCACCCCACGGGGCUACCUUUUAGCACCCAGAGACCAAGAGAGCACUUCAGAGAGAGGAACAUGAUGAAGGCUGUAGUGGAAAGGCAUCUGCAGGAUGCUGAGCAUGACUGACAUGGCUCACAUGAUACCCAACUGGCAAAAGCCUGGGAGCAGGAGGCUCUGAAGAGAUGGGAGAAGGACAGCCCCAGCAGGAGGACCACUGAACUAUCUUCCCUGGUGGUGGUGGUUACUGGGCACUUGCUGGGAGAAGCAGCUCUGCCUGCUGCAUGGCUGAUGGCUGGGUGGACAGCAGAGCCCCCAUUUUCCAUGUGUGCAAGUCAGGUUGGGUGAGAUCUAGUAAGAGGCAUGGAGACUAUAAAGCCCUUUCCUGCCCUCUCCUUUCCCACCAGCAUUGUGCUAGUUUGGCCUUGUGGGCCAAAUUCUGUUAAUUAUGUGUCUUUAUGGACCCUGUUGGCCCACAUGGGAACAUACAUAGUUGUGUUUAUCCUCUCCUCUUUUUCCAUUCUAAUAAGGUAUGAGCUGUAUUUCCCCCAGGAACUGAAAUCUGUUGUUGUUUGAGCUUUGUGACAGCUAGAAACAGAUGUUUAGCUAUAGGUGUUUCUCCCAUCUAGGUUUUUGGCCUUAACUUAAAGCUCCCCUUUCUGUGUAUGUUAGGUAAUGGAAAGAGGCUGAGGGAUGGGGCAGCAGAACACUGAACAGGUGACAGGAGCCAUCAUGAAGUAGAAAGAGUGCAGUAACUCCCUACACUGCCUAUUUUUUCAGCCAAAAGCAUAGGUAUGAGAGAGAUAGAUGAUAUCCUCUGUCAGCUGAACAGUAUAACCCCUUUCCCACAGGAACAGGAGGAGGGAGAGGAGAAUGUUUCCUUUCUGUGUGGGUUUCCUUCUAUCUUAUCAGCUGGUCCUGCUUCCUCAGCCUUCCUCAUGCAUCCCUCCCCCUGGUUUCUCCCAGUGCUAUUCACAGAUCUCUUAGAAGGCAAAUCCUCCUUUUUCUAGCAGUUCUCUGCUAAGUGGCAGGAAACAACCCUCUCCUUCCUUUUCCUGCUUGCCCCCAGUUCUGCUUAUCUGAGUUGUAGCUGUUC